AGAAUGGUAUUAUAAGAAUGCAUCAAACUUUCUUACAAAUUUGAAUCCACGUUUGAAUCCAAGUAUUGUCAAUCAAACAUGUGAAGACAAUUUUGAAUGUAUUCAUGAUUAUCUCAUUCGAAUGAAUUCUUUAACUAGUCAAGCAACAGCUUCAGGAGUAAGAUUAAUUAAAGAAUCGAGAACUGCAUUAGCUGAAAUACCUCCAAGAACAGAUUUGAUGUUGCCUAUUAAAAUCACCUUACCAAUUAAUAACGUAAAUCGUAAUUAUUCAUUUGAUAUUAAUAUUAUAGCUGGUGAUAGAACAUCUAUAAAAAGUGCCCAUGUCACUAUUCAUCCAUUUAAUAAAACAGAAAAUAUGAAUAAUACUGGUUUGUCGUCUAUCAUAGUGCCAAUGCCGAACAAUGCGAAUAGUUCUGUUGAAGUUUUGUAA